AUGGCUCCAACUGCUACAACUACAGAACCCAAACAAACUUCUAAAGGUUACAAAUUUGGUACGCAAGGCUCCCAUAAUAUCUCCAUGGGUGGGGAGCAUCCUUACAAAAGACCAACUUUUAGUGACAAGUUUGCCGAAAGAAAACAUAUGCUUGAGCAUGCUGCCGCUACGUUCCGUGUCUUUGCAAGAAAAGGUUAUGACGAAGGUGAGGCUGGCCAUUGCUCCAUGCGUGACCCUAUUGACAGAAACACUUUUUGGAUUAAUCCGUUGGGAGUUCAUUUUGGCUUGAUUAGAGCUCAAGAUUUGGUUCAUGUGACUGAAAAGGGGGAAAUCUUACCUGAUGGAAAUCAAGCUCCAAUAAAUGCUGCUGGAUUUGCCAUUCAUUCGUCUUUGCAUCAAGCUAGACCAGAUGUCAAUGCUGCAUGUCACACACACUCUGUCCAUGGAAAAGCAUACUCAACGUUUGGUAAACCCUUGGAGAUGAUCAAUCAAGACGUUUGUGUUUUCUACAACAAUCAAGCUGUUUAUGAGAAAUUUGGUGGAGUUGCUUUGGAAAAAGACGAGGGUAAAGCUAUUGCAGAAGCUGCGGGUGAUGUUCGUUGUGUCAUUUUGCAAAACCACGGAUUAUUAACAAUGGGACUGACUAUUGACGAAGCGGCUUAUUUGUUCACUUUGAUGGACAAAUCUUGUCAAGUACAAUUAUUGGCUGAUGCAGUCGACCAAAAGAUUAAGCCAAAACAAAUAAUCCCUGACCAAGAAGCUUAUUAUAGUGCUUAUGUCACUAAUGACCCCGAUACCUUGUAUUCUGCUUUCCAAGCGGAUUACAACUUGCAACUCAAAUUGGACAAUGGCGAUUUCUUAUUCCCACAGUAA